AUGAAGAUUGCCGUUGUAGGAUCGGGUACCUCCGGUCUGGGUGCGACCUGGCUGUUGAACGAGCACUCGAAGCACGAGGUGCAUCUGUUCGAGGCCGAUCCGCGCCCCGGCGGACAUGCCAACACGGUGCGCUACAAGAACCCGCUCGGCGACGACUACAUCAACGUCGACACCGGUUUCAUUGUGUGAGUUUGAGCGGGCACCAGGUCAUAAAUAUCAUGUGGAUGUCUUCUUUCUCUUGCUCCGUAUCGAUCCUAGGAUGACGUGUGUGGGCCCCGAACCUGUCGUCUUCACACGCUGAUCGUCUGGCCCUUCUCGCAUGUGCAUGUAUUCUUCUCGACGGUUGGGCGGAUCCGGUCGGAAACUCUCCAGCUUCAAUACGGUAACCUACCCCAACUUUUUGGCGUUCCUGCUGGAGACGGGUGUGCCCUACCUCUCGUCCGACAUGUCCUUCUCCGUUUCACGUGAUCGCGGCCUUUUCGAAUGGGCCGGCGCUUCCCCCGCUGCCCUGUUUGCCCAACCGCUCAACCUGCUCAACCCGUCGCAUUGGAGGAUGGUUUGGGACAUAUUGCGCUUCAACGUCGGUGCACUCGAGGUUCUACAGCGUGGCGACCGUGGCGACCGUGGCGAGAGUAUCGGCGAUUAUCUUGCUCGGGAACGUUACUCGCAAACUUUUAUCGACAAUUAUCUGCUCGUGCGUUCUGCUUCCCGGGUGGCGGACGGGACGACAGAUGUAUACCAUGAAUUUCCCUACUAACUCUUCAAAUUAUCCCGAAUCCUCCAAAUGCAGCCCAUGACGGCAGCGAUCUGGUCAACACCUCCUGAUAAAGCUGCGCUCGAUUUCCCUGCGCUCACCUUGAUCCGCUUCAUGCACAACCACCACCUCAUGCAAAUUCUCGAUCGACCCACCUGGCUGACGGUAGAAAAUGGGUCCCACUCAUACGUUAAUCGCAUUCUGAACCGUCUUGAUCCGGCUAAGUACCACCAAGGUCGCAGGAUCGAGUCCGUCCGAACCGGCGGGAAGGAAGGCAAAGUCGUGCUCAAGGACUCGGAGGGGAACGAGACCGAUUGGGACCAUGUCAUCUUCGCCUGUCACGCCGAUACGACGCUGAAGAUACUUGAAAAAGGGGAGGGGAUCACGGAGGAAGAGAAGCGGAUUUUGAGUGGGUUCGAGUUUAGUAAAAAUCGAGCCGUUCUCCAUUCGGACCCCGAGGUAAGUUCAAGCGCAAGGCUUCGUGCACGAGUCCGCGCUGAUUGAGGGUUUUGUUACUAUGCAUAGCUCAUGCCUCAGCGUCGCAUCGCGUGGUCGGCAUGGAAUUACCUCACCGCGAGUGACGGGCCCAAACUCAACGUCAACAGUGUCGCCUUGUGAGUCGACCGAGGCAGGCUCGACCAGCCGAUCGAAAAGCGCCUAUCGCUCAACUCUGCCCUUUCCCCACCAGGACGUAUUGGAUGAACUUGCUCCAAUCGAUUCCGGAAGCGAUCUAUGGUCCCGUACUCGUCACGCUCAACCCGCCCUUCGAGCCUCGGAAAGAACACAAAUUUGCCGAAUGGGACUAUGAACAUCCCCUCUUUAGCGAAAAGGUAAGAGCAUUACGCAAAGCGUUUUAAUUUUGAGACGCACAUGAUGCCGACCGAGAUUUCCUCGACCCGUGCAGAGCGUACGAUCGCAGGAUGAGCUCAAGAAGAUUCAGAACAAACGCGGGAUCACAUUCGCCGGCGCUUGGACGAAAUACGGUUUCGUAAGUGCUGCUUAUUUUACUAUACCUGAUACGGAGUAACGCAUUUGACCUCGUCCCUUGCAUUCUUUUAUUCUUUUCUCAUUCGAUCAGCAUGAGGAUGGUCUCACGUCGGGUUUACGCAUCGCCGUCGAUCACUUGGGCGCUCAAUCACCUUUCCCGAUCCGACACGCCGAACGAAACUUGAACCUCUCACGAACGGAUCGAUGUCUCAACUACGCUUUCUCUCGAAUCGACUCCUUGGCCAGGAUCUUCUCCUUUCCCGCGACCGUGUUCCUACUCGUCCUUAUCAUCGGAUUAAGCGUCACCAGAAUGGUUAUCACGGUAUUGGGGGCUCGAUCGACCGCGGCUAUGAUCGGGGAGGUCAUAAUGAUGUUGCAGAGAAGUAACGGCGCUUCGACGGCUCCUGUGGUGAAGUUGGACGGUUUGAAGAGAGCUGGGCAGGCGGGCGCGACGAGGCAGGUUAAGUAA